AUGGAGUACUGGGGCCAGGCUAGAGAUUUAUUUUUCUUCUAUUUCGAGAAUAACGGCGACAGGUCAUCAGACGAGGGCGUAGACAGAGACUCGGCUGACGUGGACUCGCCGGCGGAUAAAGAUGACUUCAGAGUGUCGUGCGCGAAGGAGAUGGCUCUGCUAGCUCUGAUGGAGAAGACGGGAUACAACAUGGUGCAGGAGAACGGGCAGAGGAAGUAUGGCGGACCGCCGCCAGGUUGGGAAGGUCCGGCUCCUCCACGGGGCUGCGAGGUCUUCGUGGGGAAGAUUCCCAGAGACAUGUUCGAAGACGAGCUGGUGCCGCUGUUCGAGAAGGCCGGGAGGAUCUAUGAGUUCCGGCUGAUGAUGGAGUUCAGCGGGGAGAACCGCGGCUAUGCCUUCGUCAUGUACACCAACAGAGGAGCGGCUCAGAGAGCAAUCCGGAUGCUGGACAACUGCGAGGUUCGACCGGGGAAGUUCAUCGGAGUCUGCGUGAGUCUGGACAACUGCCGCCUCUUCAUCGGCUCCAUCCCCAAAGACAAGAAGAAGGAGGAGAUCAUGGAGGAGAUGAAGAAGGUGACCGACGGUGUGGUGGACGUCAUCGUCUACCCAAACUUCGCAGAGAAGAGCCAUAACCGAGGCUACGCCUUCGUGGAGUACGGGUCCCACAAAGCAGCCGCCAUGGCAAGGAGGAUGCUCAUGCCCGGAACCUUCCAGUUGUGGGGUCAGUCCAUCCAGGUGGACUGGGCCGAGCCGGAGAAGGACGUGGACGAGGAGGUGAUGCAGCGCGUCCGAGUCCUCUACGUGCGUAACCUGAUGAUGGAAACCACGGAGGAAACCCUCUACAAGGAAUUCUCCAGCUUCAAACCGGGCUGCGUGGAGCGGGUCAAGAAGCUCACCGACUUCGCCUUCAUCCACUACCGCAGCCGCAGCGACGCCAUCACCGCCAUGGGCCUCAUGAACCGCAGGCAGAUCGACGGGGCCACCGUGGAGGUGACCCUGGCCAAGCCCACGGGGAGCAAAGACGGGAGGAGGUCCGGCAACAGAGGGUACCUGGGGAACAUGGCCGCCGGGGCGGGGGAUAGAAGGCUGUCAUUCAGAAACACGCCCCUGCAGACCAGCCUCGGAAACCCCUAUUACACCAAAGGAGAUGACUCCGACUGCUACAUGUUCCCCCUGGGACCCUGCACCACCCUGAACCCCACCAGCCUGCUCUCCCUGAAGCAGAGCCAGAUUGGCUCGGCCGUCAGCCUGCUGGAGUACCACUGCCUUAAGAACUGCUGGUCGCCUCCAGAGUACCACCUGUACUCCAGCAGCGGACAGGACGGGAAGCUGCUGCUGCUCUACAAGGUGGUGCUGCCGUCCACUCGAGCCUCCUACUUCCCCGAUAAGCUGUGUGUCCUGCUGGAUGACGCCAAGGAGCUGGCAGCUCAGACCACGCUGUGGAACCUGGAUUCUUCCAUCCUGUCUGGACCUUUGUACGAUUCGCCCAGAAGCCUCUCCCCUCCUUUCACCAUGUCCACCUCUGAUGGCAGUCCCAGCAUCCUGAGCUGUGGGGGACAGACCUACACCCCGUGCCUCCCCGUCGCCCCUCCACCCCCU